GGCAUGAGCCUCGGCCGACAGAGGGCGCAUGGAGUCACUGCACUCCAAAAUCUCCCCCUCCCAUCUGGGACAACAGGACUGAAAGAAGCGGAGCAGUACUUGGGAAGGGAGUGGGCACCCGUGUCAACCGCACUUUGGAGCAGUCAGUCUUGUGCCAUCCCGCAACGAAACAUGGAUGAACUGCUACUUGAGGAGCAUCUGACGAUACCGCUGUGAGAAUGCGUCCACCGCACACCUCCCGCGCUUUUUUUCUUUUGCUCUUCCUCUCUAGUGCUUGGAGGACGCUGGCGAAAUCCCUGCCGACCCCGGGACCAGUUGAGGUGCUGAUUAAAGUCCAGGUAUUUGACAACAGCGACCUGUCCCCUUUAAAGGAAUCCACAGUUCAGGUGUGUGGAAACCAGACGGUCUUAGCAUCCAGCCUUGCAGGAGGAGAUGGGAUUGUCACACUUACGUUCCUGUACCGGCCAGGAACAUGGGUCAUCGUCACGGCAUCAAAGCACGGAUUUGUCACAAACUCGGCACCCUGGCAUGCCAGUCGCAUCCCGCUGUACGCCUCCGUAAGUCUGUACUUGCUUCCCCAGAGAGCAGCCACUCUCCUGCUGUAUGAUGAUGUGGUGCAAUUACUGUUGGGUUCUCCAGGAUCCCGGAGACAGCCAUGGGUGCAGCUUCAGAGGAGAGCCAUCCGACCACCACUAAACACCUCCCAAAUCACCCUCUCUGCAAUGCUCACCUCUUCCCGCACUCAGUAUGAGCUUGGGGGCUUUCCUUACCCCCUUGCCUUGGAGAACAACUCAACAGGAAUUAAUAGUAGCUGGGUGGAGCUAAAUGCUCUAGCGGCAAUGUGUGCUCAGCUCACUAGUACCAACGGCACUGAGGUCCAGGUGUCAGAACCCAUCCACAUCUCCAUCCCCCUUCCUUCUGAUUCACCUCUCAAGACUGCCACCAGUGUCCCAGUAUGGAGGUUCGACGACAAGACAGGUCUGUGGGUCAGAAGUGGUGCUGGAUACAUUAAAAAAGAGGGCACUCAGAUGACCUGGAGUUUUGUGGCUCCAAAUUUAGGAUACUGGCUUGCAGCAUUUCCCUCAACCUCAGGAGCAGGCCUGAACACCUCUGGUCUAAGGGACAUCACUACCUACCACACUAUUUUCCUGCUAGCGAUUCUGGGUGCCAUGGCCCUGCUAGUGCUUAUUCUGCUGUGUUUGCUACUGUACUACUGCAGGAGGCGGUGUCUAAAACCUAGGCAGCAUCGCCGUAAAAUGUACCUCUCAUCCACUCUUGAAAGCUCAAAGAGAGACCAGGGGACAUCCACUUCCCAGCUAAAUCUCAUCAGCGGUGGACACAUGGAGACGGCCUCAUCGGCUGCCGACCAUGAUGGCAUCAGAUCUGACCUUUCCUCCAACCGUGAUCUCCACAGCUCUCGAGAGGACUUCUUUAGACAUGGCCCUAUCCAGAGACCACGCAACUCUAGGAUGAAUGCUGACACAAAGCAAGGAGAGAGCUACCCAUUGAAGACCACUCACUCCUCAAAGACAGGAACUCGAGACCCACUCCUGCAGGAAGACUUUAGCAAAGGUUACAGCUCUGCGGAGGACUCUGAUGAGCGCAGAUACCAUCAUCACAAUGCUAAAGACAACCAAGGCUAUUCAUCAGACCCACCAUCACCACCUCCACUUUUGCCACCAUUUACUGGCCACUAUCAGGAUCACAGUCGGGACAGCAAGCCACCAGAGUAUUAUGCAUCGGCAGGGGAUCCCUUGCAUCUUUGUAGUCAGAAUCAGUCUCUGGGUCUUCUCUCUGGAUCUGUGUUUUUGAAUUAUUGUGCUGGUGCAGCAGCUCUCAGCACCACAGGGAAGGAACGGAUGAGUCCAGAGGUCUUGUGGGAGAAAUAA